AUGCUUGAAAACUGUGGGCACGUAUCCGGAAUUAUGAAUGUCAUAUUUGAAUCGACCGUUCCGAUAUGGUUACAGGAACAUCGAAUUCAAUCAUCUCAUUUACCAAUUUUAAUUGAAUGUGUUAUUUUCGGACAAAUUUAUCAAAAAGAUAAAAAACAGCAAUGGCAAGCAGAGCAACAUGUUGAACAAGAUGAAUCGAUUCGUUUACUGAUUACUAGUUCUCAUAUAAUACCUGAAUAUCGUUAUGAUCGAAAUAUACGUGUAUUAAUACAAUUAUUUCUUCUUCAUAUGUGGCCAUCAUUACUUAAUGUUCAACAAAAUGAUAUUGUCAUGCAAGCCAUUGAAAAACAUCGUUGUUUAGCAUCAAAAGAACGUCGACCACGUUUUUGUACGAAUUCACUUGAACAUCGUAUUAUGUUUCGUUCACUUCAAUGUCUUCAUUGUUUAACAUCUGUGAUCAAAAAUUCGAGAUUUUUAAAAAUAAUCUAUGAUUAUACAGUUGACACAUUAACUCGAGAGAAUGAACCAUCACUUCGCUUACUUGCUGAAUGGAUUAUUGUUCGUUUAAUAUCAGAAGAUCGAAUAAUAUGUUUGAAUGAUUUAUAUGAGAAUUAUUUAAAAAAUGCUCAUCAACAUAGAACGGGAACUGUAUGUGCUUGGAUUUCAAUAGCGUCACAUAUACCAACUUCUGGAAAAUAUGAAGCAGGAACGACACAAGAUGAAGAAGGAUCUUCAACGAUUCAACAUAAAGCAAAUCCAUAUCCGGUUGUUGAAGCACUUGAUGAUACUGAAUUAAGAGCAAAUAUUAAACGAACUCAAUUGAUUGUUGUUGCGUCACUUAUUGAUAAACAAGCAAAUUUAGAUGAUGAAAAAAAAACGACAAUGACUAGACCAUAG